AGGCAAAAGGAGAGAGAAUGGAGUGAGAGGGAGAUGAAACUGCUCUUUAAUCAGUGAGGGGCUAUGGAGGCGGGCCGAGGUGCCUACUGUAAUCCGAUACACGCGCGCGCGCAUGGCGUGCACGCACACCGAGGCAGGGGACUGAGUGAGCAGUCCUGCUCGCUGCCACAAACCCGGCGGAGAUCGGAGGGGAAGGAGCGCACUGUCGGAGCCUGCCGGGAAAGGGAACGAGAGAGAGAGACAUACAGAGACAGAGAGAAAGAGAGAGCGGACAUAGAAGAGCGCGUUUUAGAAGAGAAGCGCUCAGUUUUGUGGGAGGAGAGUGGAGAGGCACCACGUUUAUUUUCUCCCGACCAGUUUUACGCACGCAAGUCGGAGCUGCCUCUUCCAGGAGAUCUUGGGUUAUCACUUGCCCGAGAGCGGACUGUUGUUGGGACAGCGUUGCAAGAAGAGAACUGAUGGAAAAACAUUUCGUGCCGUUACCAAGAAAAUGCGUCCCUUGUAGAGAGAUCCAGACUUGAGCCUAGAUUUGAGGAUAUUUUAUCGAUCCGAGGAGGGCGGACAAACUUAAUGGUUGUCUGCGGGCGGUUCUGGUGGUUCUCUGCGGCUACAGUCACUGAUCUUUAGCCGACUUGACAUUUAUGAUUUAUCUGUCAACAAGGUGUGUAUUCUCACGCGCUUUUGGGCUGACAGAGGGACUCAGCGCUGCCGACUGAGCGCACCGCAAUGGAUUUAAAACUGUGCGCAGAGAACCAAUUUCAAAACCUGAUUUCAGACUGAGUUGCACUGAAUCAGCAGACUGGUUUCCACCACAGAAGACAUACCGCCUCACCAUAACGCAGCCUACACAAACUGUACCUUAGUACCAGCGUGAUAUUCUUGGAGAGCCCAGUGAACGCACGCCUGUAUUUGGAUAUCGGGCACCAGUCGCGUUGCGCUCGAGAAAAAUAGAGACCUGUGUGGAAACGCACAGGAAAGUGGAGACUACAGCUUCGUCUCCAAUAAACUGAAUAAAAUCACACAGCAGGAGAAGACGUGUUUUUGUUCCUCCACACCCGAGGGAGAAAGAUGGAUUUAUUCACAUGGUUCUGUGGAUGUAUACUGGCUUUUCUUUUGCCUUCAGCAGUAAAAACAGAGGCAUCGGCAACCGAGCGAUGCGGCGGCCGCUUAGAUGCCAGCGACGCCGGCUAUAUCACCACCCCCGGCUACCCGCUGGAGUAUCCGCCUCACCAGAACUGCCGCUGGAUCAUCACAGCCCCUGAGCACUCGCAACGCAUCGUCCUCAACUUCAACCCGCACUUUGAGAUCGAGAAGCUGGACUGCAGGUACGACUAUGUGGAGAUCCACGACGGGGAUUCUGAGUCAGCUGACCUACUGGGGAAGCACUGCAGCAACAUCGCCCCCGCACCAAUCAUAUCGUCAGGCCCCUCGCUCCACAUCAAGUUUGUGUCGGACUACGCCCACCAAGGGGCGGGCUUCUCCCUGCGCUAUGAAAUCUUCAAAACAGGCUCGGACUGCUCCCGUAACUUCACCAGUCCGUCGGGUCUCAUCGAGUCCCCGGGCUUCCCAGACAAAUACCCCCACAACCUGGAGUGCUCCUUCAUCAUCAUCGUCCCCCCCAGCAUGGACGUCACCCUCACCUUCCUCACCUUCGACCUCGAGAACGACCCCCUGCCCGGCGGAGAGGGGGACUGCAAGUACGACUGGCUGGAAGUGUGGGACGGGCUCCCGGGAGUGGGCCCCGUGAUUGGUCGAUACUGUGGGACCAGGGUGCCUCCCGAGAUCCAGUCAUCCACCGGGAUCCUCUCCCUGUCCUUCCACACCGACAUGGCCGUGGCUAAAGACGGCUUCUCGGCCCGAUACAACAUGACUCACAAGGAAGUCAGCGAGACUUUCCACUGUAGUAAUGCCUUCGGUAUGGAGUCAGGGAAGAUCACAGAUGAACAGAUCACGGCCUCGUCAAGCUUCUACGACGGACGCUGGCAGCCGCGUCAGGCCCGGCUCAACUACAACGACAACGGAUGGACGCCCGGCGAAGACAGCAACAAGGAGUACAUUCAGGUGGACCUCCACACUCUGAAGGUUCUCACCGGCGUCUCUACACAGGGCGCCAUUUCGAAGGAAACUCAGAAGAACUACUACGUUGCCACGUUAAAGCUGGAGUUCAGCACUAAUGGGGAGGACUGGAUGAUCUACAGGCACGGCAAGAACCACAAGGUUUUCUACGCCAAUACCGAUGCCACAGAAGUGGUUCUGAAUCGGAUCCCGCAGCCGGUCCUGGCCCGCUUCGUGCGAAUCAGACCCCAGACGUGGAAGAACGGCAUCGCACUGAGGUUCGAGCUUUACGGCUGUCAGAUCACGGAUGCUCCCUGCUCAGAGCUUCAGGGCAUGUUGUCCGGGCAGCUUCCUGACUCCCAGAUCUCUGCGUCCUCCAUGAGGGACAUCCACGGCUCCAUGGGGGCCGCCAGGCUGGUGGCCAGUCGGACGGGCUGGUUUCCCAACCCGACGCAGCCCAUAGCUGGAGAGGAGUGGCUGCAGGUGGACCUCGGUGUGCCCAAGAUGGUGCGCGGCAUUAUUACCCAGGGUGCGAGAGGGCUGGAGGGCAGCACCAGCGCCGACAACAGAGCGAUUGUCAGGAAGUACAAACUGGCUCACAGCUUGACCGGCAAAGACUGGACCUACAUCACUGACAGCAAGACUGGCUUUGCGAAGAUCUUUGAGGGGAACAGCCACUAUGACACCCCAGAGGUGCGGAGGUUUGACGAGAUAGUGGCCCAGCACAUCAGAGUGUUUCCGGAGAGGUGGUCUCCCACUGGGAUCGGCAUGAGGAUGGAGGUCCUCGGCUGUGACCUGCCUGAAACCACCACUGUACCCGACACAAUGACCCCCACCUCUCCCAGAGUGGAACAGACAACUCCUGCAAUGAGACCUGCCACCACUCCAUCCCUGUCGGCCAUAUGUGACUUCGAGCAGAGCUUGUGCGGCUGGUCAGCUGAUCCCAAGUCGGAUAUGAGCUGGACUUUGCACACAGUCAGCAGCAGCAGCUCCACGGGGCACGGCACCCACGGAACAAGGCAGGACCUGGCGCUGGGAUCAGACGUUUUACCAGACUUUUCCGGGAACUACCUCCACCUGGACGCGGGCGCCCGCACCCAGCGCAAGAAAGCCAGGCUGCUGAGCCCGGAGGUGGAGCCGGAACAAGGCCCCAUGUGCCUCCUGUUCAACUACCAGCUGCACGGGGAGGCGGAGGGCAACCUGAGGGUCCUACUCAGGGACAGCGAACAGGACGAGACCCUGCUAUGGGUCCUCAAAGGAGACCACGGGCCUCAUUGGAGAGAGGGACGCACCAUCCUUCCCCAAAGCCCCAGAGAGUAUCAGGUGGUGUUUGAGGGGUUCUUCGAUCACCCGACUCGAGGCCACAUCAGAAUAGACAACAUCCUCAUGAGCAACAGCAUUGAGCUGGAGCAGUGCACACAGCCUUUCCCUGCCUUAACACCUGACUUAACCAGGGGUGCCAUAUCUGGGAUGGAGCCCACAGUAGACACAGACAGAGUGGUGGCGCAGCCGGUCCCUACCUACUGGUACUAUGUGUUGGCGGGAGGCGGUGCCCUCUUGCUGCUGGUCAUUGUAACCGUGGUGGUGACACUGUGCUGCCAUCGGUACCACUGGGCGCCCAAGAAGACCAGCAGCCAUCACCAUUCAGUGAUGUACCACAACAGCCAACAGCCAUAUCAGCAAGGUCACCAAAACUGUUACCAGAACCAAAACCCCAGCUGCAAUCUGAUCAACAUCCCUAACCAAAACCACCCGUACUCAGGUACCGGGCCGAGCCUCGAACCCAUGCUCACCAUUACACUGGAGAAAGAUGACAGCUAUGACUCCCGCUGUUGAAACGACCGAAGCGAUACAGUUUUACCAGAAUGCAACAAAGUGAUCAAGGAGGAAGAAAACUCCCUGACAUGAGUGAGCAACAGCAUAAUCACCAUUCUUCACUGAUGAGAAUCUACAUGGUUCCUUCCGCUGAGGACUGAUCUGAUCGGUAUACAGUAUACGGUGGUAAAGUUUUAUACUGAUAUAAAACUUUACCACCGCCCCUCCAUGAACAGACCUCCGUACAUGAAAGUGUCCACAUCCGAUGGCUGAAGAGGCUCUCGCUUAUAGAUAUGCACCCCAACAUAAAAAACAGAAAAUCACUGUCAGCGUAGUCCCCUCCUCUGUAAAUAUCAAAGCAGGAUGUGUCUGUCUGCCUUGCUCUGACAUGCAGCCUGGACACUGCCUGCUUCUGUCAGACAGAGGAGGGAUUUACAGGUAGAGGAGACUCGCCGUGCUUGUGUGCAGCAUUAAGAAUGACAGAUAUUUCUUUGGGACUGAACAACGCUGCCAUUCAUUUGUCCGACUUGCCUUCGAGAGACUGAGGAGUGACGGAGGCAGAGGAAGAAUUAGAGCUGCCCAUCCAGCUGUGGCAGAUUGACAGCUACAUAUCCAGCGAGUGUCUCAGCUCUGGUGCGUGAACAGCUGUGAGACGGCUUACAUCGCAUUGCAUCAAAACAUAAAAGCUCAGACAGUAAAUGCACGGACACUUUUCACGGACUUUCAAGUCUCACAUGUUACCUUGGGUGCAUUUUUCAUUACAUCCUGGAUAUGCCUUUUUUUUCUCCUUCUUCUUUUUCUAAUAUGUGCUUUAAAACUAUUACCUCUGCGCCUCCUGAAUGAGGUUGUGCCUCAACGUGAAAUAAGAGUAUGAAUGGAUGCAGUUUUACUCUACGGUUUGUUGCCUGGAUCUCAUGGAUUAUUCGAUGCCUGUGUCUGUUAAUGUUCAAACUAAACAUCUUUGUAUGUCCUGCAUACAUUAAACUGGGUGAAUGAAACAAAAGAGAGAAAAAAAAACAAUAUUUUAUUGAAUAUUUAAAAGUGGAGGUGUGUUUUCCUUCCUGUCCCUGCAAGUAUAACAUAUUUUAAAGUCUUUAUUUCUGUGCAUAUAAGCUGUUACAUCCUACGCCAUACGUUUAAACACACUGCCAAAUCCUGCAUUAGUUACAGAGUCUGUUUCCAUUCAAUAAACGAGACCAAACAUGCUGUGAUUAAGAGCCUUUUAGAAACUCAGUUGUCCGCUCACUGGAUGGUAAUCAUUUCAUUCAGUUCAAACUGAUUCCGGUGCAGCGCUACUGUCGCAUUUAUUUUUUUUCUCUUAAGUCACGAAUUUGGCAUCUCCCACUGCGAGUGUGCGCGAACACGACAUGCGUACGAGUGUAACAUGACGUGUUUCCGAUGAGUUGUUACAGAUUCUUUGCGAUGUUGAGAAUAACAUUAGCACUUUUCUUCUUAAUGUUCAUUUACUGGAGGUUGAUCAUUUCUUGCAUUUACUGUGAAUCUUUUAAAAAUGCGUUGAGCGACGCACUUGUUGUAAGUAGGCUUACAUUUGGUUGUGAUGUUUAAUAGGUACACAAUGAUUGUGUUGGGGUUUUUUUUUUGUACUCACUGACUUUUGUUUUAAAGACAACAGCUGUGUUGAUUCUGUUCACUGAGAUGAUCUUAAUUUUUUUUUUUUAAGACUUUUGUUUUGAUGUUGAUUCCUGAAGUUGAACAAACGAAAAAUGUCAAGCAGUUUAAUUCAGAGAGGAGCGAGCAAAUCCAUAUGUCUUGUGAAAAUCGUGCAGAUAGUGUGUUGUAUUACUGAAUGGGCCGCAGCGGCACUUAUUUUCAGGACUCACCAUCUUGUGUUGGGUGCUGCUUUACCCCCCUACAUCAUUUUAUCCAUGCCCAAAUCCCCCAGCCUUUCUUUUUUCUUUUUUUUAUCAAAACCCACUUGUUCCUAUUCUACUCCUUCCCUUCAUUGCAAAUCCCCCCAGUGAAAAAAAAAACACAAGAGAGAAAAUGAGAUGGUAGAAAUGGAGGGGAGCAAAAUCUCUCAGAGGAGAAGGGCCCAUUAAGUGAACCCCCUUUUUGCGGCCAAAGAUGGAGGGAGAUGAAAGAAGUAAAAAAAAAAAAAGAAAGAAAGAAACGUCCCUCUCUCUAUACUUUCUAAAGAUAGAUUUUCCUUUUACUCUAAAAGGGAGGCUAACAGGGAGGCAGGUCGGGGAUUGAAGGAGGCAGAGAAUUGAAAGAGGAGGGCAGGUUGUUUCCAACACAAAAGCAGAUGAAAGAUGUUUUUUGGCAGAAUGGACAGUGUGAUGAAGACACACAAUAAAUGUGCUCCACACAUACAGUAGCAGGCCCCGUCGAACGCGGGGACCUGCGUUAGCGAAGCCUCCAGAUUUCCGACGAGCUCUCGAACGCCUCGUCUGAUUUCACCGUAUCUCAUAGAGUCCUGUUUUGUGCUAUCGUCGACAAGUAUUUUGGUUAUUUUCUGCUUGCAUUUCCAUUUCCCGCCUCCCUAUCCUGCUCUCGCUUCCAUUUCAAUCGACUUGCGCGUGAUUUACACAUUAUAUGACUCAUUCUAGCAGCCCCGUGCCAUAACCCAAUCAAUGUGGGUCCAAAUUCAAACAGAGGAAAGAUAUAUGACUGUAUUUAUGUUGUGCUACCCGUGCACUUUUCCCUUUCAUUCCGUCUCUCUCUAUCAAACUUUUUUGCAAGAUUUGGAAUACGUUCUGGCGUCUUUUCAUGCAGCACCAUUAAAUCAAGCUCCCCGCACUUCCCUCUCCCUUCUCCAUCACAGACUACUUUGAAGCCCUUUAAUAUUUCUAAUUAGUUAAUGGUGCUGAUUGCAUUCAUAAAGCCCUGCGGUAAGCAUUUCUAGCCCUCAGGCCAUCUCUAUUUUUUCGCUCUUUCCUCCUCCUCCUCCUCCUCCUCCUCCUCCUCCUCAGUUUCCUGGAGAAAUAUUAUCAGUACAAGCAUCUCUAACAGGUCUUCGGGGUCCCCGCUGGAACAGCAAAUGGUGCCAAAGAGCCAUCCCCGUCUAGGCCUGAAUAAAAAAAAAAAAAAAAAAAAAAAGGCUCCCUUUUUAUUUUUCUCUUUACUAAUUGGAGAGGGGAGAUAAAAUGGGGCUACAGGGAGUUUUAAUCUCCUUUCAGAUCCAUGUGAUGAUUCUUCUCGGCAUUGUAGCCCGAGGGCUUUAAGCCAGAAAUCCUUAGAAAGUGUUCAAUGGUCAUCCAAAGAGUUUCCGAGCCACUUCUUUUCUUUUCCUUUCUUUUUUUAUCCUUGCUUGCUUUUGCUAUCUCUCUGUAAGUGAUUUGAUGUGUUGUAAAGGCCUGCAGUGAUUUAAGUUGGCUGUGAGAAAAGAAAAUGUAGUGCCUGGAUGGUCUCAGGUGGGAAUGUGCAUUUAACACAACCAGACAGAGAACGUCUGGUUUUACAUUAAUCCAUUAAGACCAGAUGCAGCGUGUGUAUAUACACUCGCUUGCCGGUUCACUGGAUACAGUCCUGCGCCAAAUCUUAACUUCAUGAUGGUGAUGGUGUUCAGCAUUCGUUUCAGAUAACUGAGGAGUCUGUUGAACUGCAUUGUGCUGAUACAUGUUUCUGUUGUUUUAGUCACCACAGCACCACAAACUACAUCCUCCAAAAAUGAUCAUACAGAUGAAUUACCUCCUUUCUGACAUCCAUCGGCUGAACAUUAGAGCUGUCAUGGAGGGGGAUUUAGUGCGGGACUGUUAUAUUGUUAUAUGAGUGCAUUUGUUUUGACUUUGUGUGCCUAAUGUUUUGGCAAGUGAGUGUAUAUCUCUUUAAGAUGCAAGACUCCUGAUUAUUUUCGGCGCACAUUGCCAAUGAAAUUCCCGUUGAUAUGCUGAAAUACUCCUGGGGAAGACGAAAUGUAUCAAAUGUUGGGUCUCAGUGGUUUAAGAGUACGUAUUAGUGAGAUGAAAGACGUUAUAAUAUGACUACUGGGAUCAUUAACUUUGGAAUAACUGCACUUUUUCUCCUUUCUUUCUUUCUUUCUUUCUUUUUUUUUUUUUUUUACAUUUAAGAACAUAGUAUUAAUUUAUUUACUAAAUUCACCAAGACCUCUGCCAACUCCGCAGGCCGCUGCAGUUUUUCUAAGUUUGCACGCUUUGAAAUAUCUUGUCUGGUGUGUCCAGAUGGAUUUUUAAUUGCCAUUGUUUUACUCCUUUGUUCUUUUCUCUAUUGUUUUUGUCAGCGUUGGUGAUGGUAAAAUCACACAUUUAAGUGCAACCACAUGUUGAGUUUUGAAACAAAAAAAAAAAUCAACCUUGAUGAUGUCAUUUUUAUCAGCUGAAUGGAUGCCAUUUUUUUUUCUUUUUCUCGAAUGUCUUUAUUAAUCCAAGACUUUUCUUGAUGUGAAUCAGUUGGACGCGGCGAAGGCUGAUCAUGCUGAAUCAUUGCCUCGGCGGGGUGCCUGCCUGAAUCGGUUUUAAUUCGAGCUUUGAUUAGUUUAGACUGAACAAUACCAGCUUUGAAUAGGUAAACUGCUCAAACGCAUCUGUCCCUGCCUUCAGCCACACCGCGAUACUCAGUUUGCACUUUUCUGUGCUUCUGCGAAGGGAAGGCCUCGACUUUCUGAUUGUCUUUUUGACUUGCGCUGGAUUUCACUGUCUUGCACUUUGGGUACAUUAAAUAUUGAUGUUCAGCGCACACAGUCCGUGGAGACACCAAUACAAUCGAAUAACUGAAAUAAGAAAGUCAACAGUCCAACACUUGAGAUUGAAUAAACUCAAAUUAGCAUAGGAUUUGUUGGUUGUUGUAAUAUUUGAAUGGAAGCUAUAGACAGUUUCUUUAUUCUUUAAUUGGGUUUAGAAAUCAAUUUUGGGUCAGCUUAAGCAAUUAAAAUGGAUUUACUUUUUCAUCUUAACUAAAUAAGCUCAUUCCUAAUUCAUAAGCCAAUAUUGCAGCAGGUGUAGGAAGCCCCUUACUGUUGUUUACAGUUCACAUUUAGUUUGUAAAGGCAGUUUAUAGAUGUUACGAUCCAGAGAUGCCCAAAUUGUCUCAUAAAGAGAAUGACGUUAUCUAACUGAGGAAAUGAGACUCUGUAUCUCUUUUUUCAUAUGUACUAAAAUUACUUUUUCACCUCUUAUCUUCUGAAUAUCUAUUACGGCUUCACUUAAUAAUGAGUUUUCUCUUCCUUUGCCCCGGCAGUAAAUGAUUAUCAGCUGCCCAGAUAUUGCUCUAUUUGUUUCUGGAGACUGUAAUGUCAGUUUCCUGGAAUAAAACUGAACCGAAGCAGUAUUGAGCUUCAAAGCCUUGCACUCCGGCCUGCCUCAGACAUUUAAAGUGGUAUUUUAGCUUGUUGAAUUUCAUGGUCUUGGAAUAAAAAUGAAAAUAGAUUGUGGUGAAUGUGAAGGUAAUAAAAGUAAUAUUUUUCUAUGAAA